AUGUUUGGUCGUAGAUUCCUGCCGAUCAAAUCUAUUACCAACAGUUUGCCCAAGAGUGGUUCUAAGAGGUUAAUUGAUGAUAAAUUUACAUUUAUGACAUACAACAUGCUCUCACCGCACUAUAUGUGGCCUCAGGUUUAUACCUAUGUGCCAGACGAGUAUAAGGAUUGGAACUACAGACACAAAUUGUUGGAGAAGGAGAUCUUGAAUUCUUAUCGGGCUGAUAUUAUGUGUCUGCAGGAGCUUACUGCGAGCGAUUAUCAUCAGUAUUGGGAAGAAGUUAUUGACCGAGACUUUCACUAUGGGUCGAGAUUCAUUGCCAAGCCUCCACCUCAGUACUGGCAGAAGGAUGCCAAAGAUGUGGAUGGUGUUGGUAUCUUUUACAAUUUGAACAAGUUUGACUACAUUUCGUCUACUAGUAUUCAUUUAAAUGACCUCAUAGGUAGUUUUGAUCUCGACGAAUUGUCUUAUUUGAAGAGUAAGCAAGUCAAAUUGACAGAUGGUGCAGGUAAUCCAAAGGGGGAGAAAACAUUACUAGAGAUUUUAAAGAGUAGAAACCAGGUAGGGUUGUUUGUGGCCCUCAAACACAAGGAUACCAACACUAUAUUCGUCGUGAUAAACACUCAUCUUUACUGGAAAUACGACGAGGUUAAACUGACCCAAUGCCUCAUUAUCAUGAGAAAGCUGGCCAAGAUUAUCAGAGAUUUGUUGGUCGGUGAACAUGGUACCACUUACAACAAAAUGAAAGUUGUAUUCGCUGGUGAUUUGAACUCUACCAGGGACUCACUACUGGUGAAGUUUCUGAGAGGUGAAGUUGUCAGAUAUGAGAAUUUGGACAUAGUCAAUCCUCUGAGGCCAUAUCUGAAUCGCUGCAUCUACGACGAUGUCUCUGAUGACGUCUUUGAACAUACUUGUUACUCAGGUAAAUUGAAGGGUAUUUUCGAUUACAUUUGGUACCAUGACAAGGAUUUUGAGUUGACCAAGAUCCUAACGGGAGCUGGCGUCUCGAAAGAACUUGAGGUUUCGAAGCAAUUUGGACUCCCUAAUGCAAACCACCCUAGCGACCAUAUACCAGUGCUAGUGGAGUUCAAGAUCCUGUGA